AUGGGAUGUAACGAGGCUCUCAACACAUAUUUUCAAAAAUUAAUAGAGUUGAUCGGAAUACCACCUGCACCAGCGUUAGUAGCAGACAGUCUGACUGCCACUUCGCUCUCCUUGGUAUGGGAGGCGCCUACACUUGGAAAUCUCAGCUACUUGGUGCAAUGGCGAUAUGUGGAACUACCGGGUACUUGGCAGUACUACUCCAACACAAGUCACUCUGAUCGAUCUAUAAUACACGUUGAGAAUCUUCGCCCCUAUACCAAAUAUAGAUUUCGUGUAGCCAUAUUCCUAUCUGGACGCGUUGGAACAGGAGAGCCGGUUUACUCCGCACCGUCUGUAGUGAUAUCUACGCUAGAAAACGGCAAACCAAGUUCAGCGCCGUCUGCCUUACGGGCAGCUGCCCCUGACCCCAGUAGAGUGGCUAUUUCAUGGGAGCCGGGUCCAUUUCCGAACGGACCUCUCAUAUCCUAUGUACUGCGACUCACUGACACACAGCCUAAUACAAUUCAGGCCUUAGAGGUAAGUGAUGUAAGGAUUAUUGCUAUUUAUGUACAAUUUUCGCUACAUGUGAAUUUGUAGGGAGAGUUUUUACCCGAUUAGCAGUAGUUUCACAAUUAAUGGACUAUUUAUUUAUAAUAUAAAGAAAGAAAGUUGGCAAGUAACCUAUUGUUCCAGGACAUGCCGGCAUCCAACAACACAUUGUUUUACAUGUUUCAAAAUUUAGCACCAGCAAGAGAAUACGAAGUAUCAGUAGCAAUGCGCAACGCAGUAGGAGAAGGACCUAAAGCCAUAGUUAGAAUAUCUACUCCGCCUUUACCGACACCUACUCCUAGUCAACAACCAAUUCUAAUUUUGGGAAGUGAACAGAAUAUUUUAGCAGCACUAACUAGCGAUAUACUUUCCGAUCCUGUUGAACUAUUCAGUACUGAAUUUACUAUAACUGGUGUUGGCUUGGACGUAUCAAGUGAUUCUUUGUUCGUGUCAGUUUCAAACGGUUUUGUAUAUAGAAGUUCUCUUUCAAAAAAAAGUGAACCAGAAGCAGUCUUUGUCCCUGGGAUAAUUCCUUGUCAACCUCUAGACUUAUCGGUGGAUUGGUUGAAUCGCCACUUAUAUGUGCUUGCCGAGAUUACUUAUAUGGUAGAAAGCUCAAAUCCAGCUACAGAUAUCUUGUCGAAAUGGGAAAUAAUACGAUGUGAUUUUGAUGGAAAAAAUAUGAUUGUAGCUUAUUCAGGUUUCAAUGUGCGUCCGAUACAUUUUGAAGUUGAUGCUUAUAAUGGGUAUUUAUUCUGGGCUCUACGAGGUAGCGACCGUGGUGGAUUAUAUAGACUUGACUUGGCAAAUAUUUCAAACGGUGUGCGUCACGAGUCACCUCCUGAACACAUUGUAAGAGAUCCUUACCUGGGCGCAUUCACGGUAGACCACGCAGAUUUCAGAUUGCUAGUCGCACAUCUCAAAAGAAAUACUGUUCUAGCAGUAUCUUUAGAUGGGCGCGAAGUCACAGAUUUUCGUAGUAAUAUACAAUCUCCAAUGUUCAAAUCAACUCGUUCGAUUGCAUAUGCUGGCGGUCUUUUUUAUUGGACGAACGGACGUGAAAUGCUAACUGAAGAAUAUCAUCCACAAAUCAAUACCUACUUUCACAAUGAGUAUCCUUUGGCUUACAAUACUAAACAAGUAGCCACAAAACAAGUCCUGGUUGCAUUGAGGAGUUGUCAACCUAUUCCAGUUCCUGUAAAUCCACCAAUUGCUGUACAAAGUGUAAUGGGAAUAAAUCGAGCUAAGGUAACAUGGUCGCCGCCUCAUCUCUUAGGACACCAAGGAAGCGGUGCAUGGCAACAAUGGACAUUCCAUUUACAAUUAACACAUGCAACUUCUAAAGAAACGAUAAACAUAAAAAAUAUUACUGAAUCUACAUAUAUCGUUGAAAACCUUCAACAAGACACUGAAUACAUCAUUAAAGUGGCAGCAGUGACAUCAUCUGGUUCUGGUCCUUGGUCAUCGGAAUUCAUAGGCAGAACUUUAGCAUCAUCACCUACAACUUUACACAGUACAUUGUUGUGGUCAGGACCCGAUGGACUACUGCAAACGGAUCUCACUGGCGAUAAUUUACAAACAUUGAUACACAGGGCGCACCUAAAAAACUUUGACAUAACAGAUAUAGCCUGGUAUCGUGAUAAACUUUAUUUAGUCACAAAUCAAUCAACAGUUAUGUGGUAUAAUACAACAUCAAAUAUGAUUGGAAUGAUGCCGAAUAUGGAUAAUGUUGGAAGUUUAGCUGUAGACUGGGUUGGGAAAAAAAUAUACUGGUCCAACCCUAAGCAACAAUUGAUAACCCGAGGAAAUUUCGAUGGUAGUAAUCGGGAACCAGUGCCUAUUGUGACGGUUGCAAAAGAACUCACUAUUGACUCGCUUGGUGCCUACAUCUACUGGAAUACUGGGCAUGCUGUAGAAGCUGCUAAACUGAAUGGCGAAAACAAAAUGGUGUAUUAUCCAGCUCAGCUAUUUAGUGGAAAACAAGUGAUGGGCCUUACAGCUGAUUUGGAAAAAAAAUGGAUUUAUUGGUUAGUGAGAAGUUAUGAUGGAUCUGAAUUACAUAGGGCACCAAGUGCUGAUCAAAUAUCACACGGAGUAAAUGAAAUAUCUGGCUCCCUGGUAACACGUUUGGCUGGUACUGCGACUCUGGGACCAUUAUGUUAUUUUAGUGGUCGAUUAGUUUGGGUCCAAGAUGCAUCACGGGCAGUGGUGUCCGAUUUAGCUGGAAAAUAUACAGCCGAAUUAAUACCAAGAGUUCAUGUCAUCACCGUGAGAGACCCUACAUUACAUGCCAACAGUGUGAGAGCUCACACCGCUUGGGGCGGUGGCGCACCAGCUAGGACCACCGCACGCUCACCCCAAGCAGCACCAGCUCCCCCACGGAAGCCUAGAGUCUAUGUUCAGCCUUACAGCAGCGGUGGCUCUCUAUCGGCAAUAUUCCGAUGGGAUGCUCCCUUACGAGCCAACGGCGUCAUUCGAGGCUAUGAAGCACAGUGCUGGAUGCAAUCGGCAACAGCUGGCUUGGUAGAACCCACCGCGAAGCCCUCUGCAUGUGCAGAUGCACGUCUCUCUCCCAGCCACACGCAGCUCACGUUGAGAGAUUUGGCACCAGCGUCUAUUUACCACUUUAGGGUUCGGGCUUACACUGAUGCCGGUUUUGGUCAAUAUUCCAAAGAAGUAUUGGCUUCGUCCGAUGAAAUAAACCCUGUGCCGAAAGUGAUAGUGUCAUCACAGGAAUCUAUUAGAGUCGUUGAUUUAGAUUCCGAAGAGAGUGAAACGAUACCAAAAAGUAUGAGCAUUCCUAUUGAUUUUACAGUUUCAAUCGAAGAAAAUAUCGUUUACUGGGUUAAUGAUUUGGAGGAAAUCUUCUCAUCUAGAAUUAAUGGAAGUGGACAUUACAAAAGCGGAUUUAGGAAUGGUAAAUACAAGACCACACAUUACUCGUGUGUUUGCGAGAAAGCAGCCUAUUUACAGUUUACAAAUUGA